AUGGCCACCUCGCAAACACCCAUGGAAGACGCCAUUCGACAGAAGGUCACUCAAGCUUUCGCGCCCGCGUCUCUAGAGAUCUUCAACGACUCGCAUCUCCAUUCCCAUCAUAAAGCCAUGGCAGGCAGCACAUCCCAAGAAACCCACUUCAGGUACGCUCGUCCGCAUGGCUCACAGCGUUCACGUCUGACCGAGCUCAGAGUGUAUGUCACAUCCGACACAUUCGAGGGCAAGCGUCAGCCCGCCAGACAUCGAGAGGUGUACUCACUGCUCAAGGACGAAAUGGCCGCUGAAGGUGGCAUUCAUGCACUGCAGUUACGAACCAAGACUCCGCAGGAAGCUGCGGCUACGACGGAAGCCAAGUGA